UUUCCGGUUAUUCUCGUCAUGUCAACAAAAGUCUGUUAAUAUUCCGAUGGCUUUUUAUCCGUCAUCAGCUGAUACAGAUGAUUCUUUUGAUUUUCUUUUUAAAAUUGUGUUGAUAGGUGAUGCGGGAGUUGGAAAAACAUGUGUAGUUCAGCGUUUUAAGUCAGGAACAUACGUUGAAAAGCAUGGGAGUACCAUAGGUGUUGAUUUCACAAUGAAAACAUUAAAAGUUGAUGGGAAAUUAGUGAAGCUUCAAAUCUGGGAUACUGCUGGCCAGGAGAGAUUUCGUACGAUCACACAAAGCUAUUACAGAAGUGCCAAUGGUGUUAUAUUAGCUUAUGACAUUACAAGAAGAGAAUCUUUUGAAGAUCUACCUCGAUGGUUAGAAGAUGUCAAACGAUAUGCUGGUGGUAGUAUAGUUCAGUGUUUGAUAGGUAACAAAAGAGACUUGGAACAUUUAAGAGAGGUGAAUACUUCUGAAGCUAAAAAUUUUGCUCAACAACAUAACAUGAUUGAUGUGAUUGAAACAAGUGCUAAAGAAAAUACAAAUGUGGAACAAGUCUUUUUAGAAAUGGCUACAGAAUUAAAGAGAAGAAUUGGUGGAGAUUCAGGAUUAGCCAGUUCAAAGUCCGGUGGAAUUAGUCUGAAUACACAAACAGUUGGUGGAGGUGGUUCAUCUUGUUGUUAAUACAUGUAGCUUUACAGAAGAUUAUUGUUAUUUGAUCAUGUUGAUUGUGCAUAUGAAGAAUGACUGUAUAAAAAGUUAAAUAGUUCAACAUAUGAAUGAUUAUAAGUUGUGUAUGCAUGAGGUAUGAUAGGUUUUUUCUUACAAAUCUUUCAAGUAAAUUUUUCCCAAAAUGGGACCAUAAGUGUAAUUGGUGUCAGAUGCUGUUGUGAUGUCUUCUAAUCUUAUCAAGUUGUGGGUUAAAUGUUUGUACAUGUAGUUGUAUGUUAAAGGAAGGUUGUUUUACUUUACACUAAAACAAUUGAUAAAGAAAUAGCUAGAUAUUUAUUAAAAAAAUAUCAUUGAAUGCCAAUCAUUUGAUUUAAUAUUACUACUUUGAAUUCUGGUCCUUUAGUAAUAUAAAGAAUUAAAGAGUACUGUAAAAAAGUUUAUUAUUGCAAUUUCAAAAUUUUGUGUCUUGUUCAAGUCUCCUAUCGCUAUCUCCCAUUAAAAUGGAUGAAAAUAUUUCAUGAUUUUAUCUUUUAUCAUGUUUAUACUGAAAUUGGCGAAAAGAAACUUGACAAAAUUUAUAGAUUGUGAUGCCUAAUUGACAACUGAAGGAAAAACUAAGUAUCAAAAGAUUAUGGUAGAAAAAAGUUUUGAAAAAUUAUUUCACUAUGAUCCAGUUUUAUUUGUAUUAAAAUUAAAAAUUAAAAUAAUAUUUUUUCAGUAUUGGGAUAACUAUGUUUGUUAUUUAUCUGGAUUAGAUUUUUUAAUCAUAGUUAAUAACUUAAUAAUAGUCUUUUUAUAGCAGACAUUUUAAGACAUAUUAUAUCUGUUGUUUUUUGGCUGUCAAACAAAAGUGCAAUAUUGUUCCAUAAUAUAUAUAAAUAAAAUAUAAUUAUGUUUUGAUAUUAAGCAUUUUCAAAAUAAAGUUAUUUUUACUGAAUGUGCUAGUCGGUUGUGUAUUAAUAUAAUAUUAAAAUGAAAUUGUACUAGUUUAAUUGAUACAUAUGUGUUUACAUGUAUUAAAAAUUAUUUUGGUUGGUCUGAUUUUCAGAUUGAAAGUUAUAUUGGCUGUCCUUUAGUAAUUUUAUGUUAAAUAGAUGAACUGUGUUUUUUUUGGUGUCUCUUAAUAAAAAGCUAUAUCAUCUAUCCUACCAGACUAUUGUAAGGGACUGUUAGAUUUAUAUCAGGGUACAUGAAAUAAAACUGUAAUCAACUAUAUUUUUUUCUUUAUCAUUAUUGAUGCUUGUGUGCAAGUGUGAGCAUAGAAAUGUAUUAUUGAUUUAAUUUUUCAAACUUCAUUUUUGUGGUAUUGUAAGGAAUUGAAAGUUCAGAUUUUUGGUCACAAUAUUUUAUCUAUAAGAAAGUAUGAAGUAAAAUGUCAUAGAAACAAAAUAUGUAACACUGGUGUUAAAUGCAGCUUGAAGACAAAUGUAUAAAAUAAUGGAUAACGAAAAAAUAGAUAUUUUUUUUCAUUAACCGAAGAUAAGCUUCUUGAGUGUACUAAAUUUGUUACCGGUAUAUUAUUCCUCUAAAAACUGCCUUAUGACCAUACAUACUGCCAAUUGACCCCAUCCCUGAUAUCUUGCAAUGGUAAUUAAAAAUUUACUUUGCCAAACAUUUUAGAAAUAUUUUAUGAAUAUUCCAUUUAAAUAUAAAUGAUACCUUUGAUAAUUACAUAGAUCCUGCUAUACUUUGAAGUAAUGAUUAUCUUGCAUGUGUGGGGUAUGUAUGAAUGCAUGUUCACAUGUGAGUUAUACAUGUACAUUUCUGCUAUCCUUAAACAUGACAUGAAAACAUGUAGAACAUAAAAGACAUAAAAAAAACUACAAAGCUUAAUAAUUUGUAUAAUUAUUUAUGUCAAACAAUUUUCAAAUUCAUAGCUUUUAAUUCCUACUGUGACCGUGAUCUUUAACCUACAGAAUGCAAAAUGAGAAGGGGUCUUUUCAAUACAAUGGACAUUAUCAAAGGUCUUUAAAAACUUCUAAAAAAAUAAGGUGAUACAGACAAUCUAAAUUUUAUAUCUUAAUGCUUUGUGCUUCAGGUUUUAAAUUCCUUUUUUGUCAAACACAUUGAUUAAUUUAAAUUUAUAUGAACACAUUAGUUGAUCAGUUAUCAUAAAUUAUACUAGUAAAAAAACUUCAUCUGUUUAUCAGUAACCAUCAGUUAUAAAUUAAUUUUUCAAAACAUAUAUUAAUUGUAAGAUGAAACCCAUGUCUUUCAGGUGUAAUAUGAGUUUGAUACUUAUUUCAUAUGAGUGAUGUCGCAUUGUUUUUGAAAAGUAGUCACAUUUAAUAACUUCCUCUGUGUUGAGAUAAACAGUAGUGGCUUGUGUAGGGGUCAAUUCCUAAUCAUUACACAGUUAAGCUAAUUCUGGAUUUUACUCUUCCCUUUUAUAAAUUUAAGAAUUUAAUAUCUCAUUGUAGAAAGUGUCAUUCUAGAUCUGCAGACAAUUUGCCUGUAUAGAAAUAGCUCAAUAGAUUUUAAAUCAUGACAAAUUGCAUGGAAAUAUAUGUAAAAUGUCUUCUAUUUCAACAUAGUAUUUCUUGAUGUUUUUACAAAUAAACAAGACAUAAUAAGUAUAGUCUUACAUAACAGAGUUUUGUAUAUAUUGAUAUGUAUUCUUCUUAGAAUUAACUUUGUAAGUGUACAUGUGACAAGUUUUCAUUCUAUUACAUUUUUUUUAUCAACUUCAAACUUUUGAAAAUAUUACCACUAUGGAUUUAAUUUACUUGUUUAUUUUAUCUGGUCCUUUGGCACAUGUAGUUUAUGUUUUUUUAUCUAAAAUUAUUUAAAUAAUCAUUUCGAGUAAAACUAAUAAUAUUUUGAAAAAGACAGAAAUUGUGUCGCAGGCAGUGCAAAUGGUUCCUUAUAUAAUUAUGCAUUAGUAUACUAGAAUAUCAUUCAGUUUUAUCACAUCACUUCUGAAAAAUCAUGUUAUAUGUUUACCCCUUUUAGCAUGUUUAGCUUUCUUCUGGUUGUCAUCUUCUAAGAAAUAAGAAAGCUAAUAGAACAGAAAUUUCUAACUAAAUGGAAAAGUUUUGACUCUAUUGUUGAUCUGAAAUUCAAAAACAAAAGCCAGUAAUUUUUUUAAAACUGUAUAUAUAUUUAUUGUUUGUAUGUAAAAGAUCUCAUUUGCAUCUUUACAACUCUUCUUGAUUAUAAAAUUCCAAGAUUUAUGCUACUGUUUUUAGGAUAUAAACUAUCUCAUUCUUUUGAUGGUUCUGAAAGAGUAAAGUAGAUAAAAAUUCCAACACAAUUGUUUAUGCUACUUUUUAGGAACUUUUUAUCUCAAACUUUACAUGUAAAAGUUAUUUAUUAUAAGAUUUAAGAUUUUGGUGUUGUCAGAUCAGAAAUCCAUGAUGUCUACCAAAAUAAAUGCUUUUAAAGCUUUUUUAUAAACUGUAUCAUAAUAAAAAAAUUAUGAUGUUUUAAAAAGAUGUGAAAUUGGCCUAAGCUUUUGCCACUGGAAAUUAAUUGAUCAAAAAUCAAUUAUGAGAUAAAAGGACCUAGAUAUAUAUGUUAUUUUGUGCUGAUCAUCCAUAUAAAUUAAAUGCUAAUUCAGAAGGUUAAAUUACUAUUAUGUAUUAUGAUUAGAUAUAUUUUUUAUAGACUUAAUGAUAUAUGUUCACCUUAAAUCUAUAAAAGAUUGCAGUAUUAUAUUCGAUUUUGUCUCUUUGAAUAUAUUUCUAUUUAACUUACAUAAUUUAUUGUAUUUUGUGGUAGUUAGACAUAUUUUGUUCUGGUCUGUGAAACAAGAGAUUUUUUAGUUUAUAUUUAUGGAAAUAUAAUGUUCAUGUAUGUUUUGUAUAGUAAGUUGGACAAUGGUAAUAAAAAAACUUUCAUUUUUUUUAUUAUAAAUAUCAAUUAAAACAAAGUUUUAGAUUCCCUAACAUCUUUUGUUAGUAUAUAAGUGCAAUUUAGACUAAAUCAAAUGCAAAUUCAGGUUUUCAUAUGUUAACAUAGCUGAAUACAGUAUAAAAUGUGUAUUUAGGUUCAUGGUUAAAACUAUCACAUCUGUAAUUUAUGUUUCUAUAUGAUGAUUAUUUUAUUUUUAUUGUUUUUUUGUUGUCCUUGAAAUAUGAAUGAUUAUACAUGGUAUUUGAUUAUACCAAUAUUAAAAAUGAAUACAAGUUCUGCUGUA